AUGGAGUUUCCAAGGCUCACAUCCCCACCCAUUCCCGAGACUGCGGAGUUUAUCGACAUUAUAACGGUCGACCCCUGCGACGACAAUCCCCACUAUGACCCCAACCAGCCCUCCACAUCCACUUCGAAUAUGCCGACGAAUCCAGAAUACUGGGACAUAAUCUCGUUUGAACACCCUGAGGAUGACGCACCUCUGCUCGAGCCCAAAGUAGAAGUCUUCGAUCCGCCUGUGUCGGAGCACGAUGCUCCCCUGCUCGAGCCCAAAGAAGAAGUCGUCGAUCCGCCUGUGUCGGAGCACGAUGCUCCCCUGCUCGAGCCCAAAGAAGAAGUCGUCGAUCCGCCUGUGUCGGAGCACGAUGCUCCCCUGCUCGAGCCCAAAGAAGAAGUCGUCGAUCCGCCUGUGUCGGAGCACGAUGCUCCCCUGCUCGAGCCCAAAGUAGAAUACUGCGAUCCGCCUGUGGCUGCGCCUCCCCUCAAAAUCUCCCAGCCUGUACCCUCCAAUGCGUCCGGGGGACCUCCUCAAACCAGCUUAAAAAUGUCUCAACCAUCAGCGCCAGCUUACCAAGAGCAGCCGCCAAGCUACGAUGCCAUGGACCCAGCCGACGCUUUAGCUCCACCAUCUUACGAUUCGCUCUACGGCCAAUUCCGACAGGUAGAAGACCCGAAGGGAUUGGUUUCAUUUCUCGGAGGAGCAUGGCACACCCUCACCGGAACUGUCGCUGCCAUGAUUGCCCUCGCUUUUCUCAACAUUCUUCCGAUAGCCAUGAUUCUUUUGGGCGCCCUGAACAAGGACAAUUGCCCGAUCGACCCAACAAUCCCAAAAUGGCUGAUCGUCAGUGGAAUUGUGCAUCUUGUCAAGAGCGCGAUAAACUAUUACCUUAAAUUGAAGAAAAUCGAGCACCCACCAACUUCCGUGAAAGCCAUUGAUGGUCUUUUGAGUCUUUUCAGCACCGUUUGGUUCAUCCUCGGGAGCAUUUGGGUUUAUUCCGCAUUUGGACACUACACGCGUACCCCAUAUCAAGGAGAGGAUUAUUGCGAUCCGUUUAUGCUGAUUUUCAGCUUUGUCUUCAUCACCGUCACCUACGCGAUUCUGGCGCUGAUGUGCUUCUGCUUCUGCUGCUGUUGCUGCUGCAUUUGCUUCAAGAAAGCCAGCGACACCACCACCAAUCCGGCA